GUUCCUGUUUCUUUCAAUCCCCUACCCCCUGUCCAGCUAUUCAGCUACAUUCUAGCUCCUGCAUCGUAGCUGCACCCUGGUCUUUCAUUUGUAUCUGCACCUAAUACAUCCUUUGACUCAUCAUGUGUGGCAUAUCCUGCAUUGUUGCUCUCCAGCAUUCACAUCAUAAGCUUCCUGAUGUUGCCAAUGUCAAGAAAGCCGUUCCUGGCCUUCAGACAAACGGCGAUGCAGAACACACAAAGCUCGCCGUCGAGCUGGAUGCUUCUCUUGAUCAGAUCAAACACCGUGGACCAGACUCCCGCGGCCAGUGGAUCAGCAAUGACAAGCGCGUCGCGUUCGGUCACGUUCGUCUAGCCAUCAAUGACCUAUCCCCCGAUGGCAUUCAACCCUUUCAUGACAGGGAGCACACGGUCCAUGCAGUCGUCAACGGCGAGUUCUACGACUACGAUAAUAUCCGUAAAGACGUCGAAGCCAAGACCAACUACAAGUUCCACGGUCGCUCAGAUUCCGAGCUCGCCAUUGCCCUGUACAAGCACUACGGCCUCAACUUCCUUCACCAUCUUCGAGGAGAGUUUGCUUGUGUCAUAUUCGACGAGUCGCAGCAGCUCUUGAUCGCAGCCCGAGACCGUUAUGGUAUCAAGCCUCUGUUCUGGACCAUCCAGGGUGGCAGACUGUUGAUUGCCGCCGAGAUCAAAGCCUUCCUGCCUCUUGGCUGGAAGCCCGAGUGGGAUGUCAAGAGUCUACUCGACGCUGGCUGGAACCACGACGAGCGGACCCUAUUCAAGGGCAUCACCAAGGUCCGCCCUGGCCACUAUCUCACCUGCCAGUCCUUUGACCACAUCGAACAACGCCCUUACUGGGACAUCAGCUAUCCCAACAAGCUCACAGUCGACAUUCGGACUCCCGAAGAGAUGAUUGAAGGGGUCCGCCAACGUAUGCUCGACGCAAUCAGAAUCCGACUCCGUGCCGAUGUUCCUGUCGGCAUCUACCUCAGUGGCGGCAUAGACUCGUCCGUCAUCGCCGGCAUGGUCACACACCUGGUCAAAGAGCAGGGAAUAGCUAUGGGCAGUGCAGACGCCAAAGACCGCGUCUCGUGUUUCAGUAUCGCGUUUGACGAGGAGUCUGGCUUUGACGAGUCGUCUAUCGCGAACCGCACCGCUGAGUGGCUUGGAGUCCGUUACAUCAAGAAGCAUAUGAACGAGCAAGAGCUUGCCAAGCGCUUCGAGGAUGCUACCUGGCAUUGCGAACACCACAACCCCGACUUCAACUUUGUUGGCAAGUAUGCCCUCUCCGAGGUGCCUCAGGAAGUCGGCUUCAAGGUCGUCCUGACUGGUGAGGGAGCUGACGAGCACUUUGCUGGCUAUCCUUUGUACCUACCCGACUAUCUUCGUGAGUCUGAUCCAAGUUGGGAGAAGUUCAACACGCUUCCUGAGAGUGAGAGGCAACACCAACUCGAGCUUGCCGAAAAGGCUGUCAGUGACUAUUACGCUUCGAUUGGUGCUGACUCGUCAAAUCGUGGCCCCUCGGUCGCACGCCGCAUGCUCAACGACAUCACAACCGUCAGUAGCAUGGCUGCCUUUCAGCUCGACAUUUUCGCUUCCUGGACUCAUUGCUACGGUAAAUGCGACCCUCAAGUCACCAUCGCCAACAACGCCGAUGGACGUGUUCGUAAAUUGAUCACCGACUCGUGGCAUCCUCUGCAUUCAGCACAAUACGUCUGGUCAAAGGGGCAUCUGGCCAACAUCUUCCUGACAUGUCUUGGUGAUCGCACAGAAAUGGCGCACAGUAUUGAGGCACGUACACCCUUCCUUGAUCAUCCACUAACAGAUUACGUCAAUCACCUACCACCAUCGGCCAAGCUGCGAUGGGAUCCAGAAGCAAAGACGUUCACGGAGAAAUGGGUACUUCGAGAAGCCUCCAAACCUUUCAUCACAAAGGAAUUGUACGAGCGCAAGAAGCAUCCUUACUCUGCACCAACGACUUGGCCAAAGGGUGGACCAUUGAACAUACUUCUUGACAAGCUCAUCAACGAAGAGAACAUCGAGAGGCUGGGAUUCAUUGAUUGGGAGCGUUGCAGAGAGCUUACGGACCGAGCUUUCGGAGACAAGGGAGACCCCAUGGCGAUGAGGUAUGCCAUAGUAGUGGCUGAAUGGGUUGUUUUGAGUCAACGCUUUGGAGUCGCUACGGCUGAGAAGCCCAUGGGCUAUUGAUGCGAGGCGAGGCGAGGCGAAGCGAUGCGAUGCGAUGUCAUGCAUCUGCCGAGCUUCGUCUUAGGAGUAGCAGCCGCUCGACUCGCGAUCAUUGAUACAGAUAUCCUAUAGCCUGAUCGGUGGCGUCUCUCGAUUUUCCACUGCAUGCGCCCUAUCUCGACACGAACGAUGAGAGCGAAUCGGUGACACGUCUUCUAGAAGCAGCAUGGAAGAUUUCAGUGAGAUGGGUGUUUCAGAGGUCAUGCGGAGUGAAUGCUCUUGCUCAAGAUGAUGACGACGAAGAUGCAUGACUCGCGUCGGCAAGACGGGGCGGAGCGGCUGGCGGGAGCGGAGAUCGGGCAGUCCAUGACAUGUG